UGACCCCAAUCAUCUGGCCCAAGUUUGCCCCGACUUGAAAUCGGACACUUCCGGUACCUUCCUCUGCAAACGUGGAAGAUGGCGAGUCCUCGGUCAAAACAUGUCUCCAAACUCUCCGUCCUGGCCGGCCUCUUGUUACUCUUUAUAGACUCCACAGUAGGAGGAGAAAUCAAGUGGGACUCCGAGCGACUGAAGAAGAUGGCUGGCGGCACGAAGGUCCAGACGCUAAAAAUGCCGAGGAGGUGCGACCGGCGCGUCGGUGCCCACGAUAAAGUCGUCUUCCACUACAACAGGAUGAUGUCUACCGGGGAGAAGAUAGACUCAAGCCGUGACAGGGGAGAACCAAUGUCGUUCGUGGUGGGAUGGGGGAAGGCAUCUAAGGAGUGGGAGGAUGCAGUGAACGACAUGUGCAUAGGAGAAGUCAGACAAGUGGAGAUGCCAGGAGAAGAUGGAUUGAGUACUAUAAUAGAGGUGGACUUGAUUGACAUCGACGCCCCACCGCCUACUCCUAACGUCUUCAAAAUCAUUGACAAGGACGAAGACCAGCAGCUGACAGAAAAAGAGAUCACAGCUUACCUGACGGGCAGGAUGGGGUUGGAGAAAGCAGAGGAAGCAGAAUUCAUCAAAAAAGUCUUCAAGGAAGAAGACAAGGACAAUAAUGGCAUAAUCACUGUAGAAGAGUUUUCUGGUCCUAAACAUACAGAGUUGUAGCAAAGGGCUGAGCUUCUAAGUUUCGUGAAAUUUCUGCUGUGGUUUUAUGUUCGCGGUUUUCGUGGUGCACUGUGAGCUUAGAACCUCUGUUGAUUUCAUUACUGUACAGUAUGUGACCACAGUGCUACUGUGACUUCAAACCACAGAGACAACAUUUUUUUUCUCCCUACUGCAAAAUUAAAUCAGUAUCUAAAACUCAUAAAGAAUUUCUCUGUACCCAGUUUUAUCUUGUACAGUUUGCAUCAAGUACUUUUGUUCUAAAGUGUUUAAGUACAUGUACAUUUAGUGUCAAUAGUAAUACAUGUAGAUCUAGUUGGAUGUCUUAAUAUUUAUCCUCGAAACUAUAUCAUCUAAAGGCUAUGCUUACAUACUAACAGUAGCUUUGUUAGUUGACUUUUCUUUUUCAUGCUACAUGUAUGUGCCAUCGUAAAGCACACAAAACUACAUUGUAUGUGUAAUGUGUUAUAUUAGGAUUCUUGGGCCCCUCGGACAUAAUGUACUCACAGCAGCUUUCUAUUUGUGUGCCAAUUAUGUUAUGUAGUCGUCAGACAACCAUAUACUAUGAUGUUGAUCACUAAAAGGAACUAUGAGAGCAUACCUGAUUUUUUGUUGAGUGGGUGCAAUAGAAAGUUUGUGUGAGGCAGAGGCAAUCAUCUAAACUAGGUUGCAAAUGACAACGUAGUGAACAUUUUUUUUUACAUUCAAAGCCAUACAUAUAUAUCCAGUUUGGCUGGAACAUCAUAAUUAUGAUGUGUAAUGUUAGAUUCAAAAGAAGAUGAUACCUGUAUCUCCAUUUAUCCUGGUGCUAUAAAACUUGCAUGAGUAAUUAUAAACAUGUGCCAACAUUGCUAAUGAUUUAUUGUGGGUUUGGUGCAAUUGAUCUCUUAACGCUGUACUGAUUUGAAAUCAAGGCUGUCAGUGUGUAUAACCAUCAACCUGAAAUAUUGGUAACUCUCAGGGUACUCAAAGUUAAACUGCGUAAUGUUACAGGACUGCUUUAUAGCAACUGACCAGUUAAUCAAAGCAGUGAGGACUUAGAGAGAAAAGAAAGCGUGGGAUAAGGGCGAUACAAGUUUAAAGUACAUUGUCUCAAUCUCAACCAACAGAGGUCCAUGAGAUAAAAUGCAUAUACAGAGAUACGCUGUAACUGCAAAGAAGCUUGUUGGAGCAGAGAAAAGAUAAACUUGACCAUUUGCCUAUACUAUGGGCGACUUCAUGCAGUAUGUUAAUUUGGUCAGGCCUUGCAACUACGGGUAGUGAAUUAACACAACAAACAAAAUGGCUGAUGUAUGUUAGUAAAGUGACAAGCUUGUUACAUUGUAACAGUAACAGUUUCUAUUCAUAAUGUUUUAAUGCGUAAACUAAUUUAAUGAAUUAACCAGCUUGAUUUCAUCCUGUAUGUGUGGUUUUGUGAAGCAACAGCAAGUUUAUUUUUGUAAGUGUGAAUAAACUGCUUUUGUAUCAAAG